CAGUGAUUCAUCUUCAUCAGGGUCGCCCCUGACAACACGUGGUAGGCGGGAGCGGGACCUCCUCUGCCUGGGGUGCCAGCAGGUCCAGGCCCAGGCCAGGCCCCCUCGGUUCCUGAUGUGACUCCACACCCUGGCUGGGUGUCCCAAGUCAUGGCCGACACCAUCUUCGGCAGUGGGAACGAUCAGUGGGUUUGCCCCAAUGAUCGGCAGCUUGCCCUGCGAGCCAAGCUGCAGACGGGCUGGUCUGUGCACACCUACCAGACAGAGAAGCAGAGGAAGAGCCAGUGCCUCAGCCCAGUCGAGGUGGAGGCCAUCCUGCAGGUCAUCCAGAGGGCUGAGCGGCUUGACGUCCUGGAACAGCAGAGAAUCGGGCGGCUGGUGGAGCGGCUGGAGACCAUGAGGAGCAAUGUGAUGGGGAAUGGCCUCUCCCAGUGUCUGCUCUGUGGGGAGGUGCUGGGCUUCCUGGGCAGCUCAUCGGUGUUCUGCAAAGACUGCAGGAAGAAAGUCUGCACCAAAUGCGGGAUCGAGGCCUCCCCCGGCCAGAAGCGGCCCCUGUGGCUGUGUAAGAUCUGCAGUGAGCAGAGAGAGGUCUGGAAGAGGUCGGGGGCCUGGUUCUACAAAGGGAUCCCCAAGUACAUCCUGCCCCUGAAGACCCCCGGCCAGGCCGAUCACCCCCACUUCCGACCAUUGCCCAUGGAGCCAGCAGAGCAAGAGCCCAGAAGUACUGAGAGCGGCCGCGUCUACACGUGGGCCCGAGAGAGAGUGGUUUCCAGCGACAGUGACAGCGACUCAGAUCUCAGCUCCUCCAGCCUGGAGGACAGACUCCCACCCACUGGGGUCAGGGACCGGAAAGGCGACAAACCCUGGGGGGAAUCGGGUGGCAGCGUGGAGUCAUCAAAGAUGGGGCCUCCCCGCCCACCCAGCCACCUCUCAGAGAGCCAGAGCAGCCUGGCCAUCGAGACCGGACCGGCUCUGCGGACCCGCAGUGGGGUGCCCCACCCUGGCCGGACCCAAAAGGCCACAGUGAAAGGCACACCUGGGCGAGCCCCUGCUGCUGACGUGGGCUCCGACGGUCCCCCCUGCCUGCCCUGAGCAGAGGCGUGCUUGGUGCAUGGGGCAGACUUUCCGGUGGAAGAGCUUGAGAGAGAGAGAAAGAGCUGGAGCCAGACCCUAGCCGGCUCCUUCCUGACCAAUCCCCGGGCCCUCCACCGCCAGCCCCGUCGGACGUGACCUCUGACUCAACAAACCAGUGUUUGCGGGGCUGAGUCUGCUUCCCCCCACCCAGUGCCUUUCUGCACCCCUUCUCUCCUGGGAGCCCCCCUCUCCACCGCCACCCCAGUUGCUCCCCUCAGCCGUGACCUUUAUUUAUUGCCCCCAGCCCCACCCCCAGUCUACCCCUAUGUUCAUUUUAAGUUUGCUCUCGUCUUGGUUGGACUGGAAAGGCCUUCAGACCCACCUUCUGGGGCUUCCCCUAUGCACUGCAAUUUCAGAGGGUGCCAGGCAGGGCUUUCUCCAUAUUUGUAUUCACGGAAAAAGAAAUCAAAGCCUGAGCGUGACCCUUCACACCUGAGCAUGGCCCCCGGAGAGGAGCCCAGAGCAGGUGGGAUGAGAGAUCCAGCCAUCCUUCCCCUUCCCCUUCCCCUGCGGCUCUGAGCGUGGAUGCAGCCUCCUCCCUCCUGGCCCAGGAGCUGCUCUUGAACCCGGCUUUCUGUUAGGUUUCUUGGAAGCCCUCCUUGGCCUCCCCGAGGGCUGGUGGAGCUGGAAAGGGUUCUGGUGAACACUGUGAAUUCACUCACUGAAGAGCAAGCCGCCUUCAGCUGAGCCCCCUGCUGGGCGUGAAGCUCCCUAAGCCAUUAAUUCAGUCCUCUUCAGUAGGCUCAGUUUGGCAGAAAAACACCUAAUUCAAAGUGUGGGCAGAUGAUUCUGGAAAACCUUUCCUGGAAGAGAGAGAAUGUGUGUUUCUGUGUGUAUGGCGUCCACACCCUCCUUCCUGACCACCCCGUGCCUGGUCCUCGAAGGGCCUUCUUCUCCAGGCUCUCAGGCCCCCACCAUUAGCUCUUUUGCCCUUGUCGCUGGCAGACAGUUAAAAAAAAAAAAAAGUAAUAAAAACACUGUUUCCCUGUGACAAGUUAUGCUUCAGAAUAAAAACAAUAAAGAUUAGAAUUUGCAUUGAGCCAGCGUGUUGAUCAAAAGGCCACAAUCGCUUGUGUUUCUCAGAUGCAUCAGUAGAGAAAUGGAUGGAAAAAAAUGUGGUAUGCUGGUUGCUGGGACACUUGCUAAGCCACAGUAAAAGGAAUGAGCUAGAUCUGCGUGGGUUAGAAGGGCUCACAAACCUAACGUUGAAUGGGAAAAACAAGGCCAUCUAAGUAAAAAUAAAACGUACAAAUAAUCAAAAUGAGUUAUAUGAACUUAUAUGUACAUGUGUCAAAAUGCGUGUAAAAUGGGCAAGGAUUUGUGGUUAAACACUGUGGACUGAACACAUCUGUAUUUCCUCUGUCUCCCCAAACCCCACCAAAAUGACAUAAAGGAAUGAAAAUGGCAUGAACUGCAAAGAUGGCAGCAGGUAAGAGAGGUCUGAAAACUUUGGAAGAUGGACGAGUAUAACUUGUUUAGUGCCAGCUUCCCCCACUCCCCAAAGUGUCUAAGGGAGCUGGCAGCCCUUAACAAGCCCAUUUUCUCUGCAGAAUCCCCCAAAUGCUUAGAACAUGGAGGGACCAGGUAUCCCUAAGGCGGAAGUUCAAGAUGGUGUGAAAAUAGUAUUGGUUGGAGGAAGUGGUUAGACCCGAGCCCAGAUGGCACAUGACUGCCCUUCUCUGAUCCUGGUAGAAGACAGGUGUACAGCUGGCCAAGGUUGAACUAGAAGGAUUCUGGAUUGGGAACCCCAAGACCAGCCAAAGGCUGGGGUGAAGCGAUGGUUAAUGGGGAGACCCUCAGCCCCCUUCCUCUGCUGACAGCUGGGCCUGUUCCCAUCCAGCCACCCCAGGGCAGGACAUUACUGAAUUUCUCUCUGGGAAACUGAGCAAAGAGAAAAGACUGACAGAUCCUGAAAUUGACAAUUCCCCAGUCUCUACCCAGUCACCACUAUGAGGCCCCCAUUCCCAAGCCCUACCCACAUGUACAGAGCUUCCUGUUAGCUUUGCUGUGUUACAGUCAUAGUGGCAACAGCCAGGGGCACCAGCAGUUGACCAAAACCAACAGCCGAAGGUACAGAGACUCCAGUACACAGAAGAAAGGGGUCAGAGAACAAUCCUCUGAAGAUAUUUGCCCAUGAAACAGGAAGAGAGUGUCAUUUUUUAAAAGGAAGUGUUAAAGCUCUUGAAAAUUUAAAAAAUAUAUAUGAUAGCAGAAAUUUUAAAAGGCAUUAGAAGGGAUGGAAGAUGUGAGAAAAUCUCCCAGAAAGUAAAACACCGAAACAAAGAAGGAAAAGUCAGGACCAUUGGACAACCAAAACAUCAGAUCCAUGCAGAAGGUCUAACCUCCAACUAAUAGGAAUUUCAAGCCAAGAAACAGAAAAGAGAGGAGAGAAAAUUGUAGAAGAAAUGAUACAAGAAUAUCUCCUAGGACUGAAGGAAAGGAGCUUCCAUAGAGCGAGAACCCACCGAGUGCCAAGCACAGUGACAUAAAACCACAGCCGUGCGGUGGGCCACAACCAUCGUGAGCUGCCAUGUGGCAAUACCUGUAGAUGAGGAUGCACCUGGCCUGCAGGUGCAGUGCAAUCACCUGAAGUCUUGCUAAAACAGAUUCUCACUCACCAAGUCUGGGCCAGGGGCUGAGCAUGUACGUCUGUCAAGUUCCCAGAUGAGGCCACUGGCUGGAGGACCACAUACUCUGAGGAGCACGGGUCCAGAGCAGUGGUGGUCGCCACUGACAGCUCAUGGGAAUCAUUCGGCCAGCCUUACACACACUCAUGCUGGAUGCAGCCCCAGAGAUUCUGGUUUAAUCAAUUUGGGGCCCAGCCUUGACUUUAGGAUUUUGUAAAGCUCCCCAGAUGGCUCCACGUGCUGGCAGAACCAAGAACCAUUUCCCUAUAGAAACUCUUCUAUGUGUGUUCCAGAAGAUGUGCACAGGAUGUUUAGAGCAGUACCUUUUUAUUAGCUAAAAACUGGGAACAACCUAAAUACCAUCGGCAGAAGACGAGAUCCAUAAACUGUGAUAUAGUCAGGCCACGCUCGGUAUAGAUGACUCUCACAAACAAUGCUGAGCGAAGAAACAGAUGGCAGAAAAAAUAAAUAUGUUAUGACACCGUCUAUUUAGAGAUUUUAAAAUAUGCAAAAAUGUUAUAUAUUAACAUAUAUUUUAUGCAGUGGAAGAAUAAAGAAAUGCAUAGGAAGGAUAAACAACAGCUUUCAAGAUACAUCUUGAGAAGAAGAGGCACAAGGAACGGUUUCAACUUUACUGAUAAUGUUUCAUUCAUCUCAGCGAUGGAUAGAUGGCUACUACAGGAUGUGCUCCAACCAAACAAGGGAGAAAACCAGGACACAGGAACACAGGAAACUGAGGAUCCAACAGAGGAGAGAGGCAAAGAGAGUCCCCAGGAUGUUGGCAGUGGCUGUG